GCUAUAAGACAUAGCUGAGAGUCUGCAAAAAUAGUAUUACCAGCAAAUUUGUGUGUCGUGCGGUGAAAGAAAUGGCGGAAACAUCAUCGUCGGUAUCGUCUUCCAAAUCGGAUGAAGAGAAAGAAGAGAUGCUCGACCGGUUGCUCACCCGCCUCGCUCUCUGCGACGACUCCAAACUCCAACCUCUACUCUCCAAGCUCCUCCCCUAUACUAUUUCCUCCCUUUCUUCCAACUCCUCCGCCGUCCGGAACAAGGUGCUAGAAAUACUUAGUCAUGUGAACAAGCGAGUGAAGCAUCAACCUGAGAUUGGUCUGCCCUUGACUGAAUUAUGGACUAUAUACUCGCAAGCUCAUUCUGCUCCAAUGGUCAGGAAUUUCUGCAUUCUCUACCUCGAGAUGGCAAUGGAUCGUGCCGAUAGAAAGGAAAAAGAAAAUUUGUCACCCAUGCUUCUGUUAGGGGUUUCCAAGCUUCCUCAACAGCACCAAGAAAUUAUACUCAGACUUGUUGUAAAGGUCAUUGGUGAAUGUCACACAAGCGGAAUAGAUGGAGAAGUUGCUGCAAAGUAUGGACUGAUAAACGAUUCUCAAGACAGAAACGUUUUUAUCGAAUUUUGCCUUCAUACAAUCUUAUAUCAGCCGUCAUCUCAAAGAGAAUGCCCGCCAGGACUUUCAAUUGCUCAAGCCAACCGCGUAACAGCUAGACAAUCAUUGAACAAUGAUAUGCUUCUAACAAGAAAGUUAGGGAUCUUGAAUGUUGUUGAGGCCAUGGUGCUGGCCCCUGAGCUCGUUUAUCCUUUGUACCUGACUGCCUCCAUAGAUUGUCAAGAGCUUGUCGUUAAGAGAGGAGAGGAGCUUGUAAAGAAGAAGGCUGCUGGAGCUAAUUUAGAUGAUUCAGUCCUCAUAAACAGACUUUUUUUGUUAUUUAAUGGAACUGCUACAUCUCAAAAUGUUGGUCCUGAAUCUAGAGUCACUCCAGCAAGUCCUGCUUUGAAAGGAAAAAUGAUGUCUAUUUUCUGCCGGUCUAUUACAGCCGCUAACAGUUUCCCUUCAACCUUGCAGUGCAUUUUUGGUUGCAUAUAUGGAAGUGAUACCACAUCAAGGUUGAAGCAGUUGGGAAUGGAAUUCACUGUCUGGGUAUUUAAACAUUCCACAAUCGAUCAACUUAAACUUAUGGGCCCUGUCAUUCUGAGUGGAAUACUGAAGUCACUUGACACUGCUUCAAGUUCAGAAUCAGAUGCUACUCAUAGGGACUCCAGAACUUUCGCUUAUCAAGCUAUUGGAUUGCUUGCACAGCGGAUGCCUCAGCUUUUCAGAGAUACGACUGACAUGGCUGUGCGUCUUUUUGAUGCAUUGAAGGUAGAGACCCAAUAUUUUCGCCUCAGUAUUCAAGAAGCAACAAAUUCUCUUGCCACUGCGUAUAAGGGAGCCCCCUCAACAGUACUAAAGGAUCUGGAGACUCUUUUGCUCAAGUAUACUCAAGAGGAACAAAGUGAAGUAAGAUUCUGCGCUAUAAGAUGGGCGACUUCUUUAUUUGACUUACAACAUUGUCCAAGCCGGUAUAUCUGUAUGCUUGGGGCUGCUGAUAUUAAAUUGGAUAUAAGGGAGAUUGCAUUUGAAGGCCUUUUUCCUAUGAAAGAUGAUGGGUCAAGUAUGAGUAAGAUACAAGAGCUACAUUACCCCAAACUUGGAGACAUGUUAGAUUAUAUUCUUUCACAGCAGCCAAACUUGUCAGAACCAGCUGAGAUGCGGGAGCAGAAGCUUCAGUUUCCCUCAAAAACGUAUCUAGUUAUUAUUGAAUUUUUGUUGAAGUGCUUUGAGUCAGAAUUGGAGCAUAACAAUUCAAUUAAAGGAUCAACUCAGUUUCACUCGUCUGUAGAAGCAAUGUGCUUACUUCUGGAACAUGCUAUGGCAUAUGAAGGGUCCGUUGAGUUGCAUGCCAAGGCUUCCAAUGCAUUGAUUGCAAUUGGAUCUCAUAUUCCAGAGCUUGUAGCUUCACGUUAUGCAAAAAAAGUUCAAUGGCUAAAACAAUUAUUGAGUCAUAUUGACUUAGAUACCCGUGAAGCUGCAGCACGUUUACUUGGUAUUGCUUCCUCCGUUCUUCCUCCAGCUGCUUCAUGUGAUCUUAUUUCUGAAAUAAUUGCCUCAGUAAGGGGAAUACAUAAGUUAAGGUUUGAGGUUCAACACGGAGCAUUAUGUGCAUUAGGUUAUGUAACUGCAAAUUGUAUCUCUAGAAAACCAGCUAUCCCAGAGGCAUUAUUUCAAACUACCCUAAAGUUACUUGUCGAUGUUGUUAAUUCUGAGACUGCGACACUAGCAUCAGUAGCGGUCCAAGCGUUAGGUCAUAUUGGACUGAUCAUUGCAUUGCCUUCACUUAUUAUUGAGUCUUGUUCAGUUGAUAUUCUGGUGCUUUUACAAGAAAGAUUGAGAAAGCUACUUAAGGGUGAUGAUACCAAAGCAAUUCAGAAAAUUAUUAUAUCCAUUGGCCACAUCUGUGUCAAGGAAACAUCAUCCGCGUGUCUUAAUAUUGCUCUGGAGUUAAUAUUCAGUCUUUCCCGAUCUAAGGUUGAGGAUAUCCUCUUUGCAGCUGGCGAGGCACUGUCGUUUUUGUGGGGUGGUGUUCCGGUGACUGCUGAUUUGAUUCUCAGAACUAAUUAUUCACUCUCCAUGGCUUCUAAGUUUCUCAUGGGAGAUGCGAGUUUAUCUCUCUCAAAACAUAGCCCCAUGGAAAUGAAUGAAGCUAAUAAAGAUCGUGAUGACAUGGUUCGAGAAGCAAUUACUAAAAAGCUUUUUGACGAUCUUCUAUACAGUACAAGAAAAGAAGAUCGCUGUGCUGGAACUGUAUGGCUAUUAUCAAUUACCAUGUAUUGUGGCCAUCAACCAGCUAUUCAGAAAAUGCUGCCAGAAAUUCAGGAGGCUUUUUCACACCUUCUUGGUGAACAGAAUGAACUCACGCAGGAGCUGGCCUCACAAGGGAUGAGCGUUGUGUAUGAAAUUGGUGAUGCAUCAAUGAAAGGAAACUUGGUAAAUGCACUUGUAAACACUCUGACAGGUUCCGGGAAGAAAAAAAGAGCUAUAAAGCUUGCUGAAGACUCUGAAGUUUUUCAAGAGGGAGUUAUUGGUGAAGGUCUUAGUGGAGGCAAACUCAGUACAUACAAGGAGCUGUGCAAUGUAGCGAAUGAGAUGGGACAACCAGAUCUGAUUUAUAAGUUUAUGGAUCUGGCUAAUUAUCAAACUUCUCUGAAUUCAAAGAGGGGUGCUGCCUUUGGUUUUUCAAAGAUAGCAAAGCAAGCAGGAGAUGCUCUGAAGCCACACUUGCGGUCCUUAAUUCCAAGGCUUGUUCGUUAUCAGUAUGAUCCUGACAAAAAUGUGCAGGAUGCUAUGUCACACAUAUGGAAGUCACUGGUGGAAGAUUCAAAGAAAACCAUUGAUGAACACUUGGACCUCAUUAUUGAUGACUUGUUAAUACAAUGUGGAUCUAGGCUUUGGCGCACACGAGAGGCAUCCUGUCUUGCCCUUGCAGAUAUCAUCCAGGGCCGGAAGUUUGAUCAGGUUGGGAAGCAUUUAAGGAAGUUAUGGUCAGCAGCAUUCCGUGCCAUGGAUGAUAUUAAAGAGACUGUUCGAAAUUCUGGCGACAAGUUAUGCCGUGUUUUAACUUCAUUGACGGUGAGGCUUUCUGAUGUCACCCUAACUGAUGUAUCAGAUGCAAGCCAAACAAUGGAUCUUGUUCUGCCUCUUUUGCUUACAGAAGGCAUACUAAGUAAAGUUGAUAGUAUUCGAAAGGCAUCUAUAGAGGUUGUUAUGAAGCUUGCAAAGGGGGCUGGCAUUGCAAUUCGUCCACAUUUAUCUGAUCUAGUUUGUUGCAUGCUGGAAAGUUUAUCGAGCCUUGAGGACCAAGGGCUUAAUUACGUGGAGUUGCAUGCAGCAAAUGCUGGGAUACAGACAGAGAAGCUCGAAAGUUUGAGAAUUUCGAUUGCAAAAGGCUCUCCCAUGUGGGAAACUCUUGAUCUCUGCAUAAAAGUUGUGGAUGCAGGAUCAUUAGAUCAAUUGGUUCCUCGUCUUGGUCAAUUGGUUCGAUCUGGGGUUGGUCUCAAUACAAGGGUUGGUGUUGCCAGCUUUAUUACCUUACUAGUUCAAGAAGUUGGUGUUGAAAUCAAACCAUAUACGAGCAAGCUACUGAGGCUGUUGUUUCCAGUUGUGAAGGACGAAAAAAGUGCUGCAUCAAAACGAGCCUUUGCUGAUGCAUGUGCAGUACUUUUAAAACAUACAGUAGCCUCUCAGGCCGAAAAGUUGAUCGAUGACACUGCAGCUUUGCAUAUUGGUGACCGAAAUGCUCAAGUGGCGUGUGCGGUUUUAUUGAAAAGCUAUUCAUCCAAGGCCUCAGACAUUUUGGAUGGAUAUCUUGCAGCUAUACUUCCAGUAAUUUUUAUCUCAAGAUUUGACGAUGACAAGUAUGUUUCUGGCCUGUUUCAAGAGUUGUGGGAAGAGCAUACAAGUAGUGAACGUGUAGCCCUCCAGUUAUACUUGGCAGAAAUUGUUUCUCUUAUUUGUGAGAGCAUUGCAACAUCUUCUUGGGCAAGUAAAAAGAAGUCAGCCCAGGCCAUUUCCAAACUCAGUGAAGUUUUGGGUGAAUCUCUGGCUUCUUACUAUAAUGUCUUGCUCAAAUCUCUUAUGAAAGAGAUUCCUGGUCGGUUAUGGGAGGGAAAGGAAGCUCUAUUGUAUUCAAUUGCUGCACUUUCUGUGUCUUGUCAUAAAGCAAUUUCAACUGAUGAUCCUCAUACUCUGAAUGAAGUUUUGAGGGUAUUAUCUUCAGCAUGCACGAAAAAGGCAAAGAAAUAUCGUGAAGCAGCUCUAUCCUGUCUUGAACAGGUUGUAAAAGCCUUUGGUAAUCAAGAGUUCUUUAAUGAGGCAUUUCCAUUGUUAUACGAUAUGUGUAAUGCUUCCACUCUCGGUGUUUCUGGGAAAGCAACUUUGGCUGGCAAUGGUGCUAAAGCAGAAGAGGAUCAAAUUGAGCAGGUUCCUGUUUCACAUGAGAAAAUCUUGGACUGCAUGACCGCUUGCAUUCAUGUGGCUAAUAUAAAAGAUAUUCUUGAAAAACAGAAGAACUUGAUGCAUGUGUUGACUACUGCUCUGUCACCUGGAUUUCCAUGGACAGUCAAAAUAUCUGCCCUUUCAUUGAUAAAGGAACUUGUUUCAAGUGUCCAGAAGGUUCUGGGUGACUCCAAAGAAACUUAUGCUCAUGCCAACAUAAUUUUGUUAGUUCAGGAGUUGUUUCACUCAGUGGCACCUCAAGUUGUCGAAUGCAUAAGCACAAUUAAAGUUGGGCAGGUUCAUGUAACUGCUUCAGAGUGCCUUCUAGUGAUCAUCACGCUUUAUGGAGACCUUCGGUCAAUUGACUCGACUAAUGUACAAUUUGAGGGUACGCUUCUGCAUCUGUACGAAGUGGAGAAAAAUGGCGAAGCAAAGUCCUUGUUGAAAAAAUGUAUGGAUACCCUUGAAAACUUAAAACUAGAAUGCCCGAGAUAACUGAAUUUUUAUGCAAGUAGUCUAAGCCAAAUUCGUGAUACCAUUAAUUUUCAUAGAACCAAAUCUCAUGUAUGAAUAGCAUUACAUUGCAACUAUAGAGAAACGUUAACAAUCAAUCUACAUUCUCGUACUUGUGGAUCUAUUU